AUGCCACUCGCGUCCAGGAAAGACUUCCUCUCAACACUCACACCACCACAAUGCCCUAUCUGCUACGAACACCUGACUGCGCCCAUCACCACUCCAUGCGAGCACACCUUCUGCCUCGAAUGCGCUAAAACAUGGCUCAAGACUGCAGCAACAUGCCCAUCGUGCCGCACCGUUCUCUACGAUAUCGAUCUCGAUGAUGAGGAGCCAGAGAACGACUCGGAACUUCAGUUGCCGCUUGAACCUGGCUAUGUGCAGCGAGCAUUCCCCUCAACCACCGCCGCCAAUGAUUCCGGAAUCCCCGCCGAACAUGAUACUUCCGGCACCGACCCAGCUCCUCCACAUCCUCGCCGCCUGCUCAGCCGCCUCCCACGCCUCCAUCGCCCUAUCCAGCAUCGUGAAGCCGCACUCGAAGAGCGUAGACUCUCACGUCAGCGAUGGCAACGAUCAAUGGACCGCCUCUUCCGCACCCUGCAGAAGGCGCACAGGAGUCUGGAGUUGAGGAGGAGGGUAUAUGAUAGGCAGCAGACGGAGAUGCUAGAGGUGGCUGAGAUUUUAAGGCAUCAGAUCCAGCUCCAAGAUGACAUGCAUGCUGAGAUUGUGAGACUGGCGGAAGAACAUGAGAAUAGUCUUCGUGAGCGAGAGGUCAAGGUCGAGGAGCAGUUGAGAGAGCUGCAAGGUGGCGAGGCGAGACGUUUGAGGGUAUCUCGUAGUGCGAUGGAUGCUGCGGGUGAGGACAGCAAGUGGUCGUGGGCGCGUAUGAAGGAGAGACUGAUCGCAAAACUCUAG